CAGUUGAGUGAGCCAGGGCAGUACGGCUGAAUUAUAUAACUUUAAAGUACUCACGGGGUUUAAUGGCGCAACAGCGGAGGACAGCGCCUCAGAGCCGUCGCUCCAUCGCGGAUUUGUCCUGAAUUUCGUUGGGCACAAAGUGAUCCAUCACCACCGUCGCUUCUUUUUUCCUCCCCUGCACCGGCGACGUGUGUUAAAAGUUACCGACACAUCGAGCCCAGGCUGGGGCGCGCGCACGAUGGAUCGCUAAACUCCCGCGGGGUCAGCGACGCUCCUCUCGACUCGAGUUCGGAACAGUUCAACGCGGCGGACGAUGUGUUCCUGCCCCACGGCCGGAGAGGCAGCGACGGACGCGGCUGACAUUUCAAUGCGCAACGCUCCCGCGAGGAAGGGGCUUCAUCCGAGGGCUUGACUGGAUCGGUGGACGCUGCGUAAUUUCUCCGAAUAUUGUUCCUCCAAACUCGGGACCUAAAGCGGGGCAUGACCUGAGCGGCGGGGAGUGCAUUGCCCCCUUUUCACCACAGGAUAAAGAAAUGGAUCAGGGUGGACUGAAGCGCAACGGUAAUCGAGACGACAGCCUGACAUUUGGGGAGACAGCAGUAGGCAGUGACACAGGUGACACGGCUGGUUCGCUGCUGGAGCCCGCUGCGAUGCACCUGCCCAGCCCGGGGUCCCUGGCCCAGCUCACAGUGACCCCGAACGGACGGGCUGCCACCAAAGACGAGGGGGAGUUCGGGGGCCUCUUUGAGUCGCCUCGUGGCCAGUGUGAAGGCUCAGACAUGAAGGAGGGUAAAAUCCUCAGAUUGCAGAAACGACAGCACCGGCCGGAUAUCGCUAUGUUCAACAUGGAGGACAAUAUGCCGUUGCUGAACCAGAGCAUUUCAGACCUUGAACGAACGUCCAGCUCUGUCAUCAGCCUCUCGCACACCUCCGUCCUGGGGAACCUGCCUUUGCCCAACCUUUUCCCCCAGCACAUCAAGCAGGAGGGAGGCUUUUCUCUGGAAAAGGACCUGGGAACCUACGGCGGACAUACAGGCGGCGGGCCGUGCGAUUUGGAUGGCAACAACGGUCGCCUUCUUGAGGAUACAGAGAUUUGGCAAGACCUGGACCUUCCUAAUUCAUUGCCAGAAAUCAGUGAUUUUGAGCUGGAUUCAGAAGUGGCACACUUGGAUAACAUCCUACAUGACAGCAGCGGCAGUGGCAGUCCUGCUGACGGCUUGCUCAAGGAAACAAAGGCUCUGAUGGGUAACGGAGGAAAUUGUACCAAUGUGAAUGGCACGGACAGGCAGCACCAAUUACAGCAGCAUCAACACCAGCAGCAGCAGCAGCAGCAGCAUCGCCAGCUGCUGCAGCACCAGCAACAUCAGCUGCAGCAUCAGCAUCAGCAGCCUCCGUCGCUUCUCUCCAGCGUCAUGAUCAAGGAGGAGAAAGACCACGACAGCUCUUUCAUUCACAUCCGCACACCUGGCGUGGUCAAACAGGAGAAGCAGGAGAACGGCAGCUUCUGCCAGGCGCAGUGCCUCCAGAGCACCAUGGGCUCCCUGCAGGGAGGAGGCCCCAUGUCCUCGGCCACAGGUGUCGGCACAGGACCUGGCUACCACUACAAAGCCAGCCCGUCCUCCGCCGUGGGCCUACAAGACCAGAAGCCUUUUGGCAUGUUCGCGAACCUGCCUCCACUCGGGGAGAGCUGGACGAGGGGGGGCAGGUUUGGAGAGCCCUCCGGGAUACAGAGGGGCAACGAUGGGCUCCCCUCCGCAGCCAUGGCCGCCUUCUCCGCCAACUUCUGCAGCUCAUCUCCCAGAGCAGGAGAGACCAGCAGCUCUGCAGCGGCAGGCCAGUCCAAGCCCAGUGGUCAGACCCAUAAGAUCUGCCUGGUGUGUUCGGACGAGGCGUCGGGAUGCCACUACGGGGUCGUGACCUGCGGCAGCUGCAAGGUGUUCUUCAAGAGGGCCGUCGAAGGAUGGAGAGCACGACAAAACACAGAUGGCCAACACAACUACCUCUGUGCAGGAAGGAACGACUGCAUCAUAGAUAAGAUCCGAAGGAAGAACUGUCCAGCCUGCCGCUUCAGGAAAUGUCUUCAAGCCGGAAUGAACUUGGAAGCGAGGAAAAACAAGAAGCUGAUCAAGAUGAAAGUGCAGCGCCCCCCCGGAGCGGCGGAGCCCAUCAGCAGCAUGCCGGUCUCCGUCAUCCCCAGGAUGCCCCAGCUCGUGCCCACCAUGCUGUCUGUGCUCAAAGCCAUCGAGCCGGAGGUCAUCUACUCGGGCUACGACAGCACUCUGCCCGACACCUCCACGCGGCUCAUGACCACCCUCAACAGGCUGGGGGGGCAGCAGGUCAUCUCUGCAGUCAAGUGGGCCAAGUCCCUGCCAGGCUUCCGCAACCUGCACCUGGACGACCAGAUGACGCUGCUGCAGUGCUCCUGGCUCUUCCUCAUGUCCUUCAGCCUGGGCUGGAGAUCGUAUGAGCAGUGCAACGGCAACAUGCUCUGCUUCGCCCCCGACCUCGUCAUCAACCAAGAGCGAAUGAAGCUGCCCUUCAUGAACGACCAGUGCGAGCAGAUGCUGAAGAUCUGCAACGAGUUUGUCCGACUGCAGGUGUCCUACGACGAGUACCUGUGCAUGAAGGUCCUGUUACUGCUGAGUACAGUACCAAAGGACGGCCUGAAGAGCCAGGCGGUGUUUGACGAGAUCCGGAUGACGUAUAUCAAGGAGCUCGGCAAAGCCAUCGUCAAGAGAGAGGAGAACGCCAGUCAGAACUGGCAGCGCUUCUACCAGCUAACUAAGCUACUGGACUCCAUGCAGGAGAUGGUCGAGGGCCUCCUCCAGAUCUGUUUCUACACCUUUGUGAAUAAAACCCUCAGCGUGGAAUUCCCCGAGAUGCUGGCGGAGAUCAUCACCAACCAGAUACCAAAAUUCAAAGACGGGAGCGUCAAGCCUCUGCUGUUUCAUCAGAAAUGACUGCCUUAAAAACUGUGAAGCAAUGACUCAGAUCCUCCUCCAAGAGCACAAUACCUGGAGCCCCACGCCUCCCGAUCCGCCCCCCCCCCCCCCCCCGGAAUUUGGCCGGACUACAGUGCAGGGGGGCCCGACUACCGACCUGUGGCCCUUCCUCUCGGCGAACCAGGAAGAAAUUUCGGCCUCCAGAGGAGACAUGUUUCUGGCUCUGAUUGUCAUGUGGGCAGUCUCCGUUCUGGUGAUCUACCCACCCCCCACCCCCCCUGCUCACCUUCUCCUCCCACUUCUUUCCUGCCUCCAUUGUUCUACUGCUUUUCUUAGUGACCUGCCAACUCUUUACAACCAGCGUUUCCUCCUCCCUGGAUCAGCGACCUGCUGUUCCUCUCUGCUCACCUGCCCCGGCCCCGGCCCCAGAUCCACUGUGCGGAGAAUGUAGUGAGCCACUCGCUUGGUGUGGCGUUUCACAGAGAGAGAGGGAGAGAGAGCGGCUGGCGACGAAAGGGGGACAAACAAAACAACGAAAAGCCACACACAGACAAAAAUUUGAAACAUACAAAACAACACAAUCCUUUUUGUCCCCCCCCCCCCCCGGACCCAAGGACAGUGAGGACAAACUGUUUUCAGCUGUUCACCUGACCACGGGAAGAAAAAAAAACAAACCGCCAGAGGAUUGUUGUCCCCCCCUUUUUCUUUUUUCUUUUUUUUGACCUCACAUGCGAGAGUCACGCAAACACAUGCAGACAUGCAGUCACACACAAAAAUGUUUACACAGGAUGUAUCCGAGAAGGGAAAACCAGUGCCUUUUAGCUUUUUGAAGCUCUUCAUAGCCAUCCCCUCUAAACCGUUUGUUUCUUUGCAUAAGAAUGUAACCUCGACAUCCUUCCACAUAUUUUGUCUGUUUCCAGGUUUUCUUUUUUUUUCUUCUCAUGUUGGCAAUUUUCUGUUUUCUUUUCCAAAUUGCCAUUUCAGUGUUUUCAAAAGUGGGCAGCUCUCUCUGCUCGGAUCCCCAGACGUGCACACGAGGACGAUACACUUAGACGCAGAUAGGAGAUGUGAGGAUCUUCAUGUUUUACAAAGCAAACAGUUUCAGCUAAAAGAACUCCAGGAUCACAAAUCUCACAAAAGGUUGAUUCAUGUGUCUUUUUCCCCGGUGUGACGUAUAUUGGAUAAAUAUACCGGAUCUCCCGAUUUACAGAACGUCGAUUAUUUCAACAGAUGUAAUGUUGAUUACACGUCCAGAUAUUUCCGCCUCAUCUCCAGAAGAGCACUCAGUAGAGCACAUGCCUCCGCCAGGGCCCCACAUUCUCAUUCAAGUCAAUCAAGCUGCACCAAAUUUCACACACUCAUAGAAAACAGUCAUCUUAAACGUGGCUGACUUUUUUUUUUUCAUACAGAUUCAUCGGUUAUUCCCAGGAAAAAUCUGUGAUUAGAAAAGAAAGUGAUAGAAAGUUCUGUGGAAAACUGAUCUGUAGCUUUUGCGUUAAACCAACAAUCAGAUAAAUGGACAGGGGGCGAAAAGAUAUAUCUGUGAGCAGAGGGAGAAAAAAAAAAAAAGCAAAAGCUGCUUUGUGCUAAACUGAAACCACUGGGAUAUCGGAUGUUUUGUUAUAUUUAGCAACCGACUGACUUAAAUAUUCCAAUGCUUUGACUAAUCAAGUUUUUAUUCGCUAACUUUUGAAAAUGAGUGCGUGUUGAUGAAAAGCCAUAAGUCAAAACCGUCCUGUCAUCGCCAGCCGCUUUAACCCAGAGGAUCCAGUUUAAUUCACUUAUUUUUUUAAAUACACUGUCAUGGAACUGUCUCCCCUGGUCAGGCCGCCUGUUACUAUCUCAGACAGAGGUGAAGUAUGGACGGGCAUGUUUCCUGGUGUGUGUGUGUGUGUUGCCACCUCAUAAGGUUUCUAAACUGGUUCCAUUUGAAGAGAUAAGGUGUAAUAAUUCUCAAACUUCAACCUACUUAAAGUUUAUGAUUAACUUCACUGUGUAGUUCUCCUGAGGGGGGGGGGGACAUUACCAUAAAGUACCAUUUUAGAUUGAAUCAACCCUUUAAUCAGCUUCAUCUCUGUGUUUGCACAAACCCGACCUGCAGUGAUUAUUAAGCUUUAGAGCUCAACAUGAAUGAUAAGGUAAAUACGUAUAUAUAUAUAUAUAUAUAUAUAUAUAUAUCUAUAUCUCUAUAUAUUUUGUAUAUGGGCUGUAGACAGACAUAAUCAAUGGAGCCUCUGUUCUCGGCGCAAGAUUUCACCUCAAAUAUUUUCAAAUAUUUUUGGAAGAAGAAGACGCAGUUUGGUCCAAAUAAUAUUUUUCGAUCUGAUCUCAGGCCCCGAGUGACUACAUCACCUGGAGGAUUUUCCCGCUAGUGCCAAAUGCAACGUGCAAGCUUUGUGUUUUUGAUUUGUUUUUUUUGUUCUUUCUUUCUCGGAGUUGUGAUCGAGCGAUGAGUCAGUUGUGACUCGACGACACGUGGCCCACAGGCCGAAGGCUCCUCGCUCAUGAGAGGGAUCAGCGUCACACCUACACCAGCUUAAACCUACUGAUUGUUAUCAUUCAAAUUAGUGUUUGUUCAAUUUAUCUUUUUUUCCCAGCAGAUGCACACGAUUUUUUGCAAACUAAGCAGAACUUUCUACUUGUUGUCGGGCAGGUGGUGAUCAGCACUUUGGUACAUUUGCAACAUGAAUAUACGAUUGUAACUUCCUAAUGGGACAGCCAAAGCAAAAACACAUGAACAGUUAUACCCAGCUUCAGCGUGAACACAAUGCCUGCUGCCCCCCCCCCCACACACACACACACACACACUUACACACACACGCAUCAUAAUAGAAGCUGUUCUAUUUUCCAUAACGUUUUUUUGUAACGCCCCUGAAACCCUACAGAUCUUCAGCUGUUCACUCUGAAUGGUACUCGUCCCCACGCGGCGUCUUCAGGUCUGAAUGGCGGCGGACAGACAAGGUAGCGGGUUGUCACAGCUAACAGCACGGCGGGCUCUGGACACACACGAGCCACCAUUCAUUAAGAAGCCAUCAUGGUUCUAAUCAGCCAUUCAGCCAAAGGACGGCCACUCGCACCGGGGAUGGUUCCGUGUGCAGAGCCGGCUCUCAGCCUCACCUGCGGACUCGCUGCUGUGGCCUUGGCGCUUCUAAGAACCGGGGUUUGAUGCCGCUCACGUCCUUGUGGAUGAUUCCCCGAGGUGAGGGGGGGGAGGGGGCGAUUCGACUCAAGUGUGGUCUUAUCUGUUGGGGUAACUUUGCGUACAGUAUUAGUCGUUUCCGAGCCACGGUGCUUCAGAAAACCAGCUUUAACACGUAGACGUAACCAUAUCCCCGCUCACUUCUAAACGGCCAUAGGUGUAUAUAGCAGCGCAGACAUAUCCUCUAAGCAUAAAGUGUCUAUUACUACAAAAUAUUUUUACAUAGACAUAACCUCUAUAUUCCUACACAUUUUCUCUCUUUGCCUUUUAGCUUCAUGUUUGAAUAAAGGCCUUGAGAAAGGGAGACAGCGAGCCAUAGAAAUAAGAUUUCAAAAUCAGGAGACAGAUUAAACCCUAAAGAAAUACCGAUGCUUGUGGAGAUUGAUCUGUUGUAAAGAAGAAACAAAAAAAUAUGACAAUAUUUUCUGCAGUUUUUGAGUACAUCGGCUUGAUCCUCUUUGAUAUAAUAGUUUUGCUCAAAUCCUUUUUGUACAUUGAACGAGUCAAGAAAGUAAAUAUUUUUCUUUUUUUCUGUUUGUUGGUUUGUGUUUGAUUUAAAAAAAAUAAAUAUAAAUUAAAAAAAGAGGUAGACGUGUUGAAUACAUUAGGAAGUGUAAAGCUUUUUUUUUUGUCUUGUGAAGUAAAUGUACAUUUUACGAGUCAAUGGGGAAGUCUACACGAACGCUCACUGUGUUUUAAAUGUUAUGAGGAAAACGUGGGGGGGAGGUUUAGUGUAAUAGAGUGACCAAAGCAGAGGAUUUAAAAUAAAAUAUAGAAAAGAUUUUAACAAACAAAAAGAAGUAUUCAAGUAGUUACAUUUUGAGUAGCACUUAUUAUCCAACUUGUAGUACUUCUAUCUUUAUUCGAAAGGUAUCUUUUGUAAAGGUCAAGGCUUUGGAUCUCGUGUAUACUGCUGUGAGGAUUCACUGGUCACUUUAAAAUAGGAAAAGAAUAAAAAAUAAUACAAAAACCUGUUGAAUCUCCACAUGAAAGUAAAUCUGCCAGAGCCUGAUGGAAUUGCACUACCCUCCAACUGGUUGAUAAAAGUCUAUUUUGUAUAAAAUACAUGCAAAUGUUAUCUUUAAAGUUUAAGGGCAGAUCAUGUUUCAUUGUUAUAUAUGGCUAUGGCUUUCAUCGAAGUCUGUUCUGUUCGUAUUUCAGUUAUGUAAAUGUAAUCCAAUGUAAAAAAGACACAAAAAAAGCAAACACAAAGUAUAACAUGUUUGUUUGAAAAAACAAUAGUUUGUAUAACUUCUGUAUUACACCUCUUCUGUAGUCAGUGUCGAUAUUUUCACCUAUUUGAUUAAAUGUUGAAUUAAGUUAUCUGUGUUGUUCUUUGACAUUUGAAAACCUGUCAGUAACAAUUUUUUCUGUCAUCACUGGUUUAAAGCUGAAAUUCAGAAGAACUGAUUUCUCUUCAGUUCCAACAUCUUACACAAUAAAGUUUUCUGUUUUCCAA